AUGUGUGGGUACGUGGGCGAUGUGUGGGUUAGUGCGCUUGUAUCAAUUCUGGAUGGAAAGCACUGCAACUGGAAGAAACUGGCCGGCCACGAGCUCUUCUUCUCAGACCACUUCGACCCCGAGACAGCUGCCAUUCUCAAGUCGGGUAACCUGCCAAUCUUCGAGGGCAUUGCUCCAACUGUGUUCGACCAAGAGCAGGAGUACUACAUCUGUGUCAAGUGUGGAAAAGUGUAUUGGGAGGGAGGACACCACGAGAGAGCCAUGAAAAACUUCUCUGACCUUUGGUUCAAUCAAGAUCAGAACUGAAUCUAUACAUUAGAUAAAUUAUUUUCCCAUGUGUUUAUUUAAGUGACGUGCUUAUUCAUUAUUUAAAAAAUAUAUGCGUGUUGUCCCGGAUUAGAUAGCGCUACUCGCGUAAUGCGACUAAUCAACCAGCAAAAUAUUAAGUGCCGA